CAAUAGGUAAAGGUAACAUGAUGGACGAGAUAACCAAUUGGAAGAGGGAACCGACAGGCUUUGGCGAGGAAAAGAGAAGAAGACAAGCUUGUGAUCCAUUGUGGCCGUCGAUGCAGAUCCAGCAAACCAAAAGGAAGCAAAAGCCAAAGCUGUGAGCUUCUCCCGAACGCCGACGAUAAUCCACGCUAAAAAGCCAUCGCAUCAACCUCAACCACAGCCAGAAAAGCCAUGGAGAUGGGGGGCCGCCCAUCUCCCCUUGCUUCCCUUGAUCCAAAAGCUAUUCCAGAACUCACUAUAAAGCCAUCGACGAGGCUUGCCCUCCCCUCCCCUCCCCUUCCCUUGCUUUCUACGUUCCUCUUCCCCGUUCUUGCUUCCCCUUGUCCUCCUCUCUCUCUCUCUCUCUCUCUCUCUCUCUCUCUCUCUCUGUAUAUCUAACUGUUAGGUUGUGUGAUUAGCGUUUUGUCGAUUAGCUGAGGAGAGUAGCAGGUUGCUCCUUGAGGCAAAAAGUUAGCAAGAGCUUCUUGGUGUUGCGGUGUUGAGGAUUAGCAAUGGCGUCGAUGAGUCUCCCUCCUGGUUUCCGGUUUCAUCCCACCGACGAGGAGCUCGUGGUGUACUAUCUCAAGAGAAAGAUCAACGGACGUGAACUCGAGUUGGAGAUCAUCCCAGAGGUUGACCUCUACAAGUGUGAGCCAUGGGAUCUACCAGAGAAAUCUUUUCUACCGGGCAAAGACCUCGAGUGGUACUUCUUCAGCCCACGAGAUCGCAAGUACCCCAAUGGGUCGAGGACUAACCGAGCAACUCAGGCCGGCUACUGGAAGGCCACCGGGAAGGAUCGGAGGGUGAGCUCCCAACGCCGCGCGGUCGGGACGAAGAAAACCCUCGUCUACUACCGAGGCCGAGCUCCGCAUGGCUCUCGGACCGACUGGGUCAUGCACGAAUACCGCCUCGACGAGAAGGAAUGCGAGAAUGCCGCCGCAGGUUUACAGGUACGUCAACGUCCUCUUCUUCUUUCUCUCCUUGUUGAUGACGAGUUCAUGGCCAUGGGCGUCUGUGCGUCGAUGAAGGAUGCGUAUGCACUGUGCCGCGUGUUCAAGAAGACCGCACCGGGCCCACAGAUCGUCGUGGAUCACUCGCAGUGGAUGUCGACAGACCGAUCCCCGACUGUUGAUCUCUCCUCCGAUGGAAGAGGGGACGAGUUCGAGAGCCGUGAGAUGAUGCAGGGGGCGUCUCUCGAUGGCAGUGCUUGUGAGGACGGCAAGUGGAUGCAGUAUCUAACCGAAGAGGCAUUCGGUGGUGGAGUUCCGUGUCAUGAUCCGGGAAGCUUCACUUACAUGCCAUCCAAGGUGGAUGUGGCGUUGGAGUGUGCGAGGCUUCAACACAGGCUCUCCUUGCCGCCAUUGGAGGUGGAGGACUUCCCUCGUAUGGAUCUCACCCAGUCGAAGGCCAUGCGUUCCGGCAGUUUCCAAGAAGGCAGUAACCAGGUGGACAUCCUGCAGGAGAUCUUAUCGGUCGCCUCCGCCUCUAAUGAACUGAUCGACGACUCCAGCUACGCUGACAUGUGGGUUGGAACUACUAAUCCUCAUCUUGACGAAUUUGCUUCUUUCUUGGAGCCCACAAAACUUAUCGAGAUAAGCGAUCUGGAAGAGGAGUUGAAGGAGGAGGAGAAGAAGAAAGUGGAGAAUCUGCGAGGGAUAGUUGUGGAAAGCGAAGAGAGGAGUGUAAGAGUGGGAAGCAUUCCAACCUACCAAUUCGGGGAGGCUGUAGGCAUUGAAGGAGAAGCUGAUGGCCGCACCAGAUCGAAUGACGUAGAUGAUGAUGACACGAAACCUAUAUUUCCGGAGCCUGGAACAGAUGAUCUUACCGUUGGUUUUCUCGGCGUCCACCACCGGCAUGGCGGCGACGAAGGCCGAGCCGACCAUGAGUACGAGAAGGUGGAAUUCCAGCGCGGGCUAUUUGUGUCGCAUGCCGGCAUGAUCGAAACAUUCUUCCACCGCAUCGAGCCAUCGAAGAAGGUCAGCUUCCAUUUGAGUCCAGUGGCGAGAGGAGACAUGGCUGCCGAGACGCAUGGGGAUGCGGCGAGAAGUAGAGGAAGGUUUCCAUUCUUCGGCAGGGUUAAGGCAUUCAUACAAGACAAACUCAUAAGAAACGAGGCAUGUCAGGGCAAUGGAAGAGCGAGUGAAGUGAUAGAAAUCGCGGCACUCGUGUUGUCAUCCCGAACCAAUCAGAGUGAUGAGGCGAAGGGGCAAGUCAUGGAACAGGAAAGAGAAGGUGGAUGCACUACUUGGAAGAAAAAAGAGGAGACUAAGAAGAACCGCAGAGGGGGUGACUGUGAGAGCAACGUCUGGUUUCCAGACAUGAGGGCGGGGAGAGGCAUUUGCAGAAUGUUUUUGCUUGGGAAGUUGCCAUUCCUCCUAUCUUCUGCGUUGCCUCCCCACGGCUUCAGGAGUUGAUCAUAUAUAUACUCACUCUUGUCACUGUGGAAUCAGAGUCGCUUGUCACCCACAGAAGGAGACGAGUUCGUAUUAUACUGGACGCCGAUGCAAUU